UGAUGUCUGAAUUGGGCCUGAGGGAUCUGCAGGGAGGGAAGCUCACUCUCAGCUCAGUCCUGGAGAUCAACAGCAACACACUCUCUGAUACACCACCACAAGGUCUACUCGAACUAUCAUGGACUUUCUUGAGGAAACUUAUGAUGUCCAAUACAGAUGCUAGAAAUAUCAAAUGCACACAAGAGCAAACAGAGUAUAACUUUGGUUUUACUGAUGAUGACGACGAUUCCGAUUCUAUGAAUCCUCUAGAUGUAAUCACUGCCCUUUUCCACUGUGCAGAUCCUUUCCUCCAGCAGGAAAUGGUCUCCAAAAUGUCUGUGUGCCAGUUUGCUGUUCCUUUACUGCUACCAAACUGUGACAAACAGGAGAGCACUCUGAUGCUGUGGGCCAUGAGAGAUCUAGUGAAGAAUUUUAAACCUCCUUCUUUAUCCGGAGAGAGAACAGUUGUAGAGGGCAGGAUUGUGGAAAUGGAAAUCCCCAUGGUGUCUUUCAUUAGGGUAGGAGAGAGUAGUUUGUCUAAAUCUGUAAUUCUGAAUGAGUUGCUGAGUAAUUCUUCUCAGCACAAUGAAGCAUUCAUCCACCGCAACAUGGAGUGUGGUGAUGUGCCUAGGAAAAUCUCAGAUGGACUGGUUGAAGUCAGCUGGUAUCUGCCAUGUGGAAACAAAACCAUUGACAUAUUUACAGCGCCAGUGGCCAUAGCCAACCUGAGAGGAGACAGCAGAUCGUUUGAAGCUCAGGUGUCCUUCCUGUGUCAGACCUCAGCUGCAGUUUUCAUCUUUAGUGAUGGCCUGCAGGGGGACCUCAGUCCUUUCAUCAACACACAGAGAACAGCAGAGCUGUUUCUGGUGGUCACCGACUCUCAGCAGAAGGACUAUGAGAAACUCAAGGAGACCUGCAGAAAAUUCAACAUUGAUGAGGACCAUGUGAUAGUUAGGAGAAAACAGAAUUAUUCUGAAUUUGCCAAUAAGAUCCGUUGUUAUCUAGAAACAGUUCUUGAAAACAAUUUGUUGAAAGUGAAAACAUUGGAUUUGGCAGUUAUAGCUAAAGAGAUUGGUAUUUCAGUAGACGAAGACUCCCAUGAAAGCAAGAAGGGCAAAUGUAAUGCUGAAGAAAUCAGUAAAAUGGUCACUGAUGUUGUGUCAUUUAAGGAGACACAGUUGCCUUUGCAUGGAAACCUCUGGAAGGAAAUCAGCCUGUUAGAGAACGAGAGGUACAGAAUGAGAAACGCCAACAAAGUCGAAGACAUAGAACGCUACAAGAGCUCAUUAAGAACACAAGAAGAGGAGUUGAGAAAGAAACAGUAUCAGCUAUACAUAUCAGAAUCCAUGGCCAAAUUCAUUGCUGGAAUCUCACAACCACACAAAGAACGUCUGUACUUCCUGAAGUGGCUGAAGAUUCAUCUAGACACUGUCACUAGACUUGACCUGUCCACCCUGAGACAGCAGUACAAAGACUGUUGCAGCCAGGAUCCACAGAACAAGGACCAGAUUAAAAAGUUAGAUGAGCAGAUUUCCAACAGCUCUUUGGGACCUGAGCACUUCUUCCGAGAGCUAGGGCAGGUCUAUGAGUGUGCUUGCUCCCUUCAACUUCAUGACCCAGCCAGAAAACAAGUCUUGCAACUACCUGGUCUAUGUGCUCAGAUGCUGUUGGAUGGGUUUCCAGUGGAGCUGGUGGAUGGAGAUGCUUCAAACAUCCCAAUGAAGUGGAUAUCAGCAGUCCUGACUCAGCUGCAUGUGUUGGUGGACAACAAGAGCAGGAUCAUGGUGUUGACUGUGCUGGGGGUGCAGAGCACUGGGAAGUCCACCCUUCUCAACACCAUGUUUGGGGUGCAGUUUGCUGUCAGCAGUGGACGAUGCACCAGAGGAGCCUUCAUGCUGCUGAUGAAGGUCUCUGAGGAACUCACACAUGAUCUCAAAUGUGACUUCAUCAUGGUCAUCGACACAGAGGGUUUAAAAUCACCUGAGCUGGCUGCACUGGAUACAAGCUAUGAACACGACAAUGAACUAGCAACACUGUUGAUAGGGCUCAGUGACAUCACCAUCAUCAAUGUUGCCAUGGAGAACAACCAAGAGAUGAAAGAUGUUCUACAGAUUGUGGUCCAUGCCUUUCUGAGGAUGAAGGAGGUUGGGAAGAAGCCCAGAUGUCUGUUUGUGCAUCAGAACGUGUCAGACAUGUCUGGUUCUGACAAAAACAUGAGAGAUCGGAAUAAGCUUUUAAAGCAACUCGAUGAGAUGACUCAGGCAGCAGCUAAGAUGGAGAAGAAAGCCAUCACAAAGUUUACUGAUGUGAUGAAAUAUGAUCCUGGCAAAGACAGCUACUACAUACCUGGACUUUGGCAGGGAACUCCCCCAAUGGCCCGGGUGAAUACUGGCUACAGUGAAGCUGUGUAUGAACUCAAGAAGAGGCUGAUUUACCUCUUGAAACCUGAUGAUGAAAGAUGCAAUGAUGCAACAGAAUUAUUGCAGUGGACUGAGAGUUUGUGGAAGUCUGUCAAAUUUGAGAACUUUAUCUUCAAUUUCAAUAACAGAUUGGUGGUUAAUGCCUACAUGGAUUUAUGUGCCAACUACCACAACUGGGAAUGGGCAUUCAAAUCAGAGAUGGAUAAUUGGCUCGAUGCCAAGACUACAGUGAUAAACAAUUUCAGAAUGACUGAAAAGAAUGCAGAAAUUAGUCAGUUACCGACUAUCCUCAAGGGCAUGUUAUGUGAGGCCUCAGACAAAUUAGAUUGUGAAGAGCAGAAAAUAAAGGACAGUAUUGAGAAAUACUUUAGGCAAAAGGACAAGAAGUUCUCUUUAGCAGACACAUACAGGCAGGACUUCCAAAGCAGUGCCAGGUUUCUCAGACAAGAGAAAGAAUGUGAUCUAAGACAUUGCUUGGAGCAGGCUGUUGAAAUUAAGAAGGGAAUGGAAAAGAUAAACACAAUGAAGGACAAACAAGCCAAUAUAAUUGAGGAUAAUAUCUUGCAGCUGGUUGGGAGGUGUAGGAAACAAAAUAUUUUAUCUGAGGCUGAACUCAACAAGCAAUUUGACGAAAUGUGGAACAAGAUCAUACCUGAGCUGUCAGUUGAUAAACUACAAAAGGUAGAUGUUCGACAGCAUGCUUUAGAUUUAGCAGAGGCUGAUGUUCGUGCAAAACCUAAAAUAGCUGAAAUGUUAAAAAGGAUUGAUUGGAGAUAUUAUCACAUUAAUUCUAUGAAAAGAGCCAAUUCAGAUUACAAUGACACGUACAUCAAAAGGCUGUUGAAUUUCAUCAAUGAGAAAAUAGCAACGAAGAAGCACAAGAUUUCUGAUGCAUGUGAAGUUUAUCUGAAGUGCUAUAUCAUCGGUUUUGCAGCACAUGAGUUCAAGAAAGCACACAAGGACUUCAAUUCCCGCAAUGACCCACAGAAGCAUCUGAAACAAUCUAAGCACACAUACCGUGACCGUGUUUUAGCCUGUCUUCGUGCAGAAGAUAAGUGCUUGAAAGCAAAGCAAUUCACAGACAUGUGUGUGAGCCCUGCAGUUAAGGACUAUGUGUCUAAACACCUUGGCCAGGCAAUAGCAGAUGAAAUGAAGACAGGAGAUGAGGGAGUGAUCUACAAUACGAGGAUUAAUUUCCAGUUUGCUGUGAUGAAGCAGCUGCUUGAGGAACAUUCAUUCGAGAAGUACAACAAAUACACAACAUCAUACGAGACAUUCACGAAGGACUGGAUAAAGCAACAGAUCAUCAAGAGAAUGUCUACAAUUAGUCAGCCUUCUAGGCUGGAGAAACGACUCCUCUCUGAUAUUGUGCAAAAAAUAAACAAUGUAAUCACCACUUCUACUGGGAACAUGGACAUAAAGGACUUCAUCCAGAACUUCUGCUCUGCCCUUCAGGAUCAGCUGGUCAUCCCANGAGACGCCCUAGACAAAUGUAUGUUUCUCCUCAGUGCUGAAACUCACCACUUUACUGUCUACCUCAAACAGCACAUAAUGGAAAUGGAGAAGUCUUUAGCCGAGGAGUAUGGCAGGUGGCAUAACCACAUCACUGAGAGAAUUGAGCAGCUGCCCUCUAAACCCCAUGAUCUGCUCUUCUCCAGUCUGUGUGGAUGUGGACACCAGUGUCCCUUCUGUAAGACACCCUGUGAAGCUGGAGGGCAGGGCCACACCAAACACUCCUCAAGCAUGCACAGACCUCAUGGACUGAAGGGCCUCACAUGGACUUUUUCCAAUAAAGUGGCAAUCGACAUAUGCACAACUUCUGUCUUCAGUGAUAGUAGUUUUAGGAAUUCAAAAACAAGUGGAGAAUGGCACCCCUAUAAGGAGUACAGAGAGAUCUACCCAGACUGGGACAUAGCAGGAGAUGCCAGUGUUGAGGCCUCAGACUACUGGAAAUAUGUGAUGGAGUUCAACACAGAACUGGCUGAAUAUUACAAAGUAAAACCUGCAGACAUCCCUUAUGAGUGGACGAAGCUCACACAACAGGAUGCACUGACAAGCCUGAGGACGGCAUUUAACACAAACUAG